AUGAACACAUCAAAUAACAGUAAUUCUUCAAACAAAACACCAAAUAACAGAAGGGUCGUCGAUAGCGAGUUUAGAUAUAAGACCGUUGAUGAUAUUUGUGUUGAAACGAACUUAUAUAGUAUACUUGGUGUUGAUCGAUCCUGUACAUCUGAAGAACUAAGAAAAGCCUAUAUCAGCAGGUCAAGAAUUUGUCAUCCGGACAAGUUUCCCGAGUAUCCCAAAGCAACUGAAGCUUUUCAAAAACUGGCAUAUGCCUACGAAACGCUUAAUAAACCAUCCUCACGACGUGCGUACGAUGUAUCCGGGACCAGUGACCUUGGUAGUGUAAAUGGCACAGGUGAUGAAACAUUACACGGCGUUCUAUAUCAGAUGUUUUUGGAAUUUAUGGAUGGCGAUUUUGAAAUGAUCCGUGCAUUAGUUAGUAAUCCCGGACUUAAUCUUGGCGAUGACGCCAUUGAAACUUUGGAGACCGCUUUCCGAAGAAUGAGAGAAUUGCUUUUAGCUGGUAAAAAAUAUGUCAAAAUUGUUCAAUUCGAAUUGAUUCGUCUUUAUGAGAUUCAACAACAACUCCGAGCUCUUUCAUACUUUGAUGUAUUUGGUCGUUUAAGACUAACCAUGCAAUUAGCUCGAUUAACGCUAACCAUACCAAUGCUGAUUGAUAAAUCGAUGAAAGCCGAAUUUGAACAAUCAGGUGUUAAAGGCGUGAACAAAGGACUACUAGGUGAUGGCAUGGCCAAAGUAAUUGGAGGUUUGGUUGCUGUGUUGGAACGAGGCGAACAAUUCGUGUGA